AUCAAGCCAUUGGUCACCAGAAAAAUAAGAGUAUGGUCAGUUUAUUGGCUAUCAAACACUGGGUACUAGACACCAUGGGCCUGAGGUUAUUUUUCGAUAUCAGAUAUGUAAACAUGGUUGUUGGUUUGGCAGUAUCUUACAAUUCCGACUUCAAUUUCACUAUCAUUGUCGGAAUCCUAUUGAGCAAUUCAAAUUUCAGAUCAUCCGAUGUUGGCAUGAUAGUUAUGGUGUACUUUGGCUUCGACCUCAUCUCCCGAAUAACUUAUUCAAUUAUCAGUUAUUUUCAUACCAUCAAUAACAGAAUGACAUUCCUGGUUGCCACUUUCAUCAUAUCGGUUUUUCGGGUUGCUUUUGUACUUGGCGAAGGUUACACAUGGAAAAUGAUAACUGUUGGACUGGUAGGAUUGACGAGAGGCUUUAUAGAAACGCCUCUUCCACUAGUGAUAUCCGAAAUGUAUAAGAAUAAUUUUUCCACGGCUUACUCUUUAUAUAUGUUUCUGACUGGUUGUCUUGGAUUGAUAUUUGGACCAAUUACCAGGUACGUGAAGGACAUAACCAAAAGUGAUCCCAUGAUUAUAUAUUUUUAUGCUGUUGCCAAUUUCCUGAUCUGCUCCACCUGGGUUAUGGAAAUGAUUUUUCUGAAGAUAUGUAAUAGGGGAUUACAUGAAAUUGUUGAUAGUGGAGAUAAUAAAGAAUAG